UAUGUGAAAGUAAAAGUAAAAACUCCUAAAAACUCGGACCGACAGAUUUGACGAACAGCGUGGCAUUAAAACGUUGCAUCUAUCAGAAUUAGCUCUUAAGAUGCUCCACAGUUUAAAUCCCUGUGAGAUGCAGACUGGAGGUUUCUGCUUUGAAAACAGCCGCAGAAAUGCAGUGUUGGAGUCCAGUUUGUCAGAGGUCAACUACAAAGCUCCCAGUGCCAGAAAGACAGGGACCACCAUUGCUGGGAUUGUGUACAAGGAUGGAGUGAUUCUGGGAGCAGAUACGAGAGCUACAGAUGACAUGGUGGUGGCUGAUAAAAACUGCAUGAAGAUUCACUACAUUGCUCCAAAAAUCUACUGCUGUGGAGCCGGCGUGGCCGCAGAUGCAGAGAUCACCACGCAGAUCAUGGCGUCCAAUGUGGAACUCCACAUGCUCAACACUGGGCGACCCCCCCUCGUCAGCAUGGUAACCAGACAGCUCAAACAGAUGCUGUUCAGGUACCAGGGUCAUGUGGGUUCAUCUCUGAUUAUUGGAGGAGUUGAUGUGACUGGGCCUCACCUAUAUAGUGUUUACCCACAUGGCUCCUACGACAAACUGCCUUUCCUCACCAUGGGUUCUGGAGCUGCAGCUGCUGUCUCUGUUUUUGAGGACAGGUUCAAAGCAAACAUGGAGCUGGAGGAGGCAAAGCAACUGGUACGAGAUGCCAUCGCUGCAGGGAUUUUCUGUGACCUGGGUUCAGGAAGCAAUGUGGAUUUGUGUGUCAUCACCGAGGCUGGAGUGGAAUACCUACGGGGCUAUGAAAAGCCCACGAUGAAGGGAAAAAGAGAGGGACAGUACAGGUACAAGCCUGGCACCACAGCCAUCCUGACCAAAACUGUGACGCCCCUCUCCCUGCAUGUGGUCGACCAGUCAGUUCAGAUUAUGGACACUGAAUAAAAUACAAUAAAGUGAUCCCGGUGAAAUAAAA